GGGGAACAGCUUCCAGACAAAAGGGCUUUUUGGGAUGCAUUCGAUCUCUGCAUUUAAAUGGACAGAAACUUGACCUUGAAGAGAGAGCUAAAAUGACACCUGGUGUUAAACCUGGAUGUCCAGGACAUUGCAGCAGUUAUGGUAACCUGUGCCACAAUGGAGGAAAAUGUGUGGAGAGGUAUAAUGGUUACUUCUGUGAUUGUACCAACUCAGCCUAUGAAGGACCUUUCUGCAAGAAAGAGGUUUCUGCAUUAUUUGAAGCCGGCACUUCCAUUACCUAUAUUUUCCAAGAAUCUUAUCCUGUCACAAAAAAUGCAAGCACUUCAAACUCUGCCAUUUAUGCGGAUGCUGUCAUGUCCAAGGAAAAUAUUGCGUUUAGCUUUCUCACAGCGCAUACUCCAAGCCUUCUGCUGUACAUCAACACCUACUUUCAUGAAUAUUUGGCUGUGAUUCUCUCCAAGAAUGGUAAUUUACAGGUCCGAUACAAGCUGAGUAAGGAUGGACUCCUCAUUUUCACCAUUGAUUCUGGAAAUUUUGCCAACCGAGAGCUGCAUCAUGUGAAGAUUAACAGAGAAGGCAGAGAGCUUGUCAUUCAGGUUGAUCAAGUCCUCAAACUCAAACACAACUUCUCUGAGAUUGAUUUUAAGGCCAUCAAAUCACUCACCUUGGGCAAGGUCACAG